AUGAACCAUUAUCAAGCAAAAAACUACCAAAGUUCUAGAUCGACUAAAACACCAGCCACAACUGCAGCAUCAUCCUUAAAAGGUCCUAACACAUACACCACUGAUGUCUUCCCUAUAUUGAGUCUAGAUGAAUUAGUAACUUGUUUGCAAAGCUGUGAUUUCUCAAUAGCUACAAAAGCUUCUUUAUCCAAACCAACAUCAGCAUUUAUAAUAACAUUGUACAAACAAAUUAUUGAUAGUUUUAUGGGGGUUUCCCCAGAUGAUUUAAUCAACGAUUUAAGAAGAAAAGAACGAGGUGAUGGCGAUAGUACCAGUAAUGUCAAUAAUAACAAUAUUAAUUAUGAAACAAUACACACUUUAGUUUUAAAUAAGAUCUGCUAUAAAUUUUUCCAAGAUAUAGGUGUAUUGGAUUUCAAUAUAAUGGACUUAUACAAACCAGAGGUUUUCAGGACAAUAAGACUAUUGAGUGCAGUUAUUAAUUAUGCUAGAUUUAGAGAAGAAAGAAUGUAUGAUUGUGACAAGUUUAUUGCCACUACUGAAUAUUUAUUGGAGCAAUUAAAACAGAAAUUUGACGAAAGAAACUCCAUAGUAAAUCAGUUGGGAAAAUAUAAAGAAUGGGAUUUUGAUAAUGUUGGUAUGCAGCUAGAAAAAUUAGAAACAGAUAAUAAAAACGUUGAACAAAAUUUGCGAAAGUUGGUGACCACGCAGGAGACUUUGACUAUAGAUUAUGAUAAUUAUAGAUCAGUCAAGCAGAAGCUGUUAAUUGAAUUAGAGCAGUUAAGUUUCCAAGAAAUUGAACUGGAAAGCGAAAGAGAUAAAUUAAUUAAAUAUAGUAAGAUGGAUAUAGGAGGUAUGGACAAUGUGAUUAAGGACUUACAGAAUCAACUAGACGAAAAGAAGAAAACAUUAACUUCUUUGGAGCACAAACAGCAUGAUUUAUAUCUUGCCAUUGAAAAAUUUCAAAAGUGUUAUAACGACCUAACUCAGUUGCUGAAUUAUAUUAUAAGGGACAUCCAAGAAACGCAUAUUAAAGAGGUUGAAUUGAAAGAAUUAAAACAACAAAACGAGUUAACAGAGAAUAAAUUAAAAAAUAUUUUGGAUACAAAUAUCUUGAUGAAAAUAAACAUAUUAAAAUCACAAUUGGAACAACAAGAAUCUAGUUGGCAGGAACUCCGUAUAAACAUGGAACAGAAAUCAAGUGAAAAUGAUGAAAGAAUAACGGAUUUACAAAAACAAUACAAGGAAGAAGUUAUACCGAGAGUGGAAAAACAAAAGAAAUUUGUUACAGAUGAAUUGAUUAAUGGGAAAUUACGUGAGUUAAAUUCCGAGUUUGAUAAUAUUAAACAAAGUUUCCAAUCGGAAAUUAUGGAAUUGGAAAGGGAAUAUUCAAGGUUGGCCCAGUAUCUAAAUCAGUACAUACAAAAUGUGGUUAAUGAAUUAGGAGAUUAG